AUGAUGCGCGAUAUACACGACAAUGCCGGGGCAGGUGCAGGCGGCGCGAUGGAGGAAAACGAGGGCGUCGGGAGUGGGGCUGCAGAGGUCGAUAUGGACGAGUGUGGCUCCCUCGCGCUGCCGCCAGACCUGCCCCCCUAUUCCGGUGACUACAUCAUCAGUGACUACAUGGAGCGCCUCGGCACGCGUCUCAACAUACUCGAAACGGAACUCAAAUAUGCUUGGCGAGCACUCGACCUACUCAGCCAAGAAUACGUAAGAAUGUGGGAGCGACUCGAAAGAUUAGAAGCGCUACUGGCCGAUCAACAGGGUGUGAUUUCAACAUUAUUAGACUUUUACGCAUGUCGCACUGUCACCUCUAGAGAUCCAAUGACGCGACUCGAAGUUAUAAGAGAAAUAUUAGGAAAUGGUACUGUUGAAGAUGGUAUUGAAGAAGGCUUGGAUAUAGGCAGAAGUUCUGUUCUGUUAGAUCCCCAAGAGGAAAUUAUGGAAUCAAAUGAGGCCUUUUACAAAAGUUUGAAUCAGGCUUACAGAGACGAUUUAGUGUGUGAUGAAACAUCAAGGCCACCUUCACAAUUAGACAUGAUUUGGGAAGCUCCAGAAGAACCUGAACUAGAAAUAAUACCCUCAAGUUCAAGACAAAUUUAUAGUGCAACAGAUUAUAAAGAUUAUUGUGGAUUACAGGGCGGACCUGGUAUUAGCGAAAGAGAUUUGGUACAUUUAUCUACAUUAAGUACAAUAGAUCAAAUCACUGUAGAUAAACUUCAUGAAUUAGAUAGGUUUGCAACCCAAUUACACAAAGAUUCGAGAGAGUUAAAAGACUUGAAAACUAGACUCCUUAGUCCCGAAACAAAAAAGACAUCUAAACAUGAUCGUGACAUAGAAGCAAAAACACUAGUUGAAGAUGGUAAUAUAAUAAAUGAACAAUUAAAAAGUGUUUAUUCCGGCGAAGAAAACUGGGCAAUAAAUGACAUGAUGAAAAGCUUUGACGACUUUAUGUUAACCAUGCCUAAGGAAAAUAUAGUGAGAGAAAAAUCGCCAUCAAGAGUAUCCCGUAACGAUGGUAGCGUCCCCGAUAGAACGAUCGAUUACCUGCCUCCGACUCUUUCACCUCGAAGGAAAUUUGUCCCAGAACGUACAACUACGGAACCUUAUACAACUGUGACUGGACGCUUGGCAUAUAGUUCGGCAGUAGCAAAUGCAGAAAUAAAUGCAGCAAAAGCAUCCAAAUCGCCUAGUGCACUAUCACGUGAGAGAUUUGAAUAUAGUCCAUCUUACCAGGUAGGCGAUAGUUCUAGACCAACUUAUUACACAAAUAAAGGAAUGACGCAACAACAGAUAAAUGAAGUAUAUAAAACUGGCACAGAGCAACACUCUCCAGUGUCAAUUCAUGAAAUUUAUAAUGGCAGUGCUGACAAUAGACUAGAAUUGAGCUUUGAGGAAAAUAGAUUACGUAAAUCUCCCAGUCCACCACCUCCGGCGCCUCCUAAUGGUGCUGAUUUAUUUUCUGUAAUUGAAAACAAUAACGAUGAUGUCGGGCCUAGUCAUACGGGAAUGCUUUCUACUAUACCCGCUGAUGGAAUGCGAUUAAGUCCUCGAUCACCUAAAUCUCCGAAAACAUCGCCUAAACAUGUGAAAAGAGAUACAUCUAAUAUAGUAGCCGCAAAAUCUGAUUCUGGUUUGUCUUCAAUGAGUGGCUGGUCCAGUUUAGAAAAAAGCCCUGGUUCUCCUAAAACUGGUAGGAGUGGUCACGGCAGUCAUGAUUCCCACAGAAUAAAGAUUUCUUCUCCUCAGUCGAUACAAAGAUUAUCAUAUGAAGGCGAUCCGAAACCAUAUUUAGAAACGCUGGUAGAUUCUUAUCUUUAUGAAGGAAGAAGUGGAAAAAGCGAUUAUAAUAUGCGAAAUCCUGAUUUACUUACUAAAGAUAUUAGCUCAAGAGAUCUUAAUAAAAUGCAGGGAAAAAUCGAUAGUUCUUUUUUAUUAAAAAAUGAUGCUCCAUUUUCAAUGGCAGGUCAAACUAGUCACAUAAGUAGUAUGAAUGAAUAUUAUUAUGGAAAUGAAGCUCCUUCAAUAUAUUCGUUAGCGGGAAAUAGACAACCAAUAUUCACUACUGUGUAUAGUACACCGCGAGGAAUGUUAUCUGAAGAUAGGAGUUUUUCCGAAUUAUUAGAUAGAAAUGAAAUUGUUGAAUCUGUUGCACGACCAUCAAUAGACCCAUACCCUCCAGAACCAAGCUACCAUGCUCAAACAGUGGUCAUGCCAGCAAAUUCAAAAAGAUCUACUACUAGAGCUAACACGGUAGGUUCAAAUGACUCUAAUUUUUACCAAAACGGUUACAAAGGCAAUGGUAGAGGGGGUUAUCCACCGAGUAAUCUUACCGAUGCCUUGUCCUACUAUCCUACAUCUACAAGAUAUGAAUCUCCCAAAAGAACUUCUUUGGAAGAUCAACUUUCCUGGCAAGGAGGAAGCAGAUCUCCAACGAGUUCAAUGGAAACAUCUAGUUUAAAAUCGCAUUCAUUGAGUAUAACUGAGAGAAAGCAGUUUCAAAAUCAAUUACAACAAGAGUAUUUUAAACAACAACAAUACGACCAAAGAAAUGGAAACAUCAUGUAUGAUAAUGAAGGAUUUGAAAAACAAAUGAUGCCAGAAAAUUCAAAAAUAAGAAAAGAUCAAUACGUAGACUCUAGUGGUGUUUUAGUGUCAGAAUCUGGAUAUUUAUCUAUAUCCAGUAAUCUUAAAGUAAAAAGCCAAGAUAAGCAAGGAAAAAAGCCAAAAAGAACUUCUUCUUUGAAGUCUGCAAUGUCUACCGUGAGUCAUUGGUUGCCCGAUCUACAUCUUCCAAAAAAACAUAGGUCUAAUUCAUUGCCUUCUGGAGUCGAUACAGUUGAGCAACCUCCACAAGAAAAAUCUCUAAAGGAACGAAUACUAUCAGCUCAACGGCGAAAAAAGAAGUAUCACUUGGUAGCCUCUAUGUCUGGCCUUUUACAAAAAGCAAGGAGGAAACACCAAGUAAGUCAUCAAUCUCUAUCAGACCCAGAAACUUCAGAAACUGAAUGGUCUGGAGGUAGAUCUAGUGCUCAGUCGGAAGAUAGCGAUAGUGUUUUUUCGGAUUCUGCACAUGAAAAUAACCUAUUUGCAAAAGUUCCUUUGAAACCUAAGCAAAGAAAAAUCAAUAAUCAAGAAAUUGUCGAACAACAGCAACUUAUUCAGGAAUUGCAACAACAAACUAGAGAGCCUCAUCGAGAAGAAGACAAUGAGUCCAUAUUAGAAGAAACAGAAAAAUAUACAAUACCACGAGAUAAAAGUGAUGAUAUUGAUUUUCAUUUCGCGCGUGUAAGUCAAAUGAACAAAGAUAAUAUCUCUGAACUAGAGAAACUAGAUAUUGAUACUGAUAUUUCAAAUGUCGAUUUAUUUGAAGAAGAAGAAAAAGAGGACAACCAGUCCCCAGCAUCGCUUUUUGCCACGAUUGGUGAUGUCAAGAAAGCAAAUAUCGUAUCUGAUGAAGGCCUAAAUGAAAAUAACAAAUCAUAUAGUGGUAGUUCACAAGAGUUCGCAGUAUCAAGAGCAUUAGGAAAAUACCGAUUGAGAAAGUCGACUUCUAUAUCCGAUGAACAUGUAGAUGAAAAUAUUUCUCCUCCCAAAUUAGAAACAGAGUCACUUGAUACACUUGACACACAUGAACAAUACCCAAGUCAGAUUGAAAAACGUCCACGAAAUCAAAGUACACCUGAAAUUAUAAGUACAACCGUACCAGAAGAAACCAUCACAUAUCCCGAAAGAAGUCCUUCUAUUCAAAGUACUCGUGGUAUUACAAAUAAGUUUCUACCACGACAUCAACAAAGUUUGGAAAUACCAAAUAAACAUGAUGACGAUGAUAGCAGAAGUACACAUUCAUGGAGAAGUGGUUCUCGUGUGUCUUCGAGACGGCAAAGUACUGAAGAUAGCAUAGACUCUGAAGAUGAAUGGUAUUGUUAUGAAUUGAGGAAAUUAGAAGAAAUGGAACAUCAAUCUCAGCUUGAAGCGGAAAGACAUAAAACAUUAACAGAAGAACCAGAGAUAGAAGAAGAACUUAUGGAACCAGAACAAAAUCUUAAAGAAAAAAUGUCAUUCGUGCUGAGAGAAUUGAAAUUAAAAACAGCUAACAUAAAAACUAAAUGCGAUGAAACUCCAGUAAAGGAAACUUGGAAAGAUAUUACAACAUUCCCGGCUAUAGACGAAAUAACAGCUGAAGAAGAAGAUGGAAAAGAUUUUGAAGAUGAUGACAAAUCAUAUGCAGAUUCCGGUUCAGGUGAAACUUCUGGUCCUGAUAGUCCGGUACAAAGUGGUGAUGAGUUAGAUGAUGAUUAUGAUAUGCCUCUUAUACAUCACGAACCAGCGCCUGCUCAACAACCACCACCACAACAAGAUGUUUCAGUUGGUAGUAAAUGGAAGCUUUUGAAGGCUCUGAAGGACAGAAAAGCAGAAGAAAAGACGACCGAGACACCUGCAGCAACGACACCUUCAACCGAAAAGGACAAAGUUAGUGCAGGUAAUGGCUCCGGCGGAUUCAACGAGCAAGGUGGUCGUGGAAAUGGACAUCCUGGAGACAAUCCUUUCUACAGCAACAUCGACAGCAUGCCUGAUAUUCGUCCUAGAAGAAAGUCCAUCCCCCUUGUCUCAGAACUUACAAUGGCUGCAACUAAGAGGAAUGCCGGACUGACAUCUGCCGUUCAUAGAGCAACGUUGAAUGAUGAAGAACUGAAAAUGCAUGUCUACAAGAAGACCUUGCAAGCCCUAAUAUACCCCAUAUCAUCGACAACUCCCCAUAAUUUCGUUUUAUGGACAGCGACUUCUCCAACUUACUGUUAUGAGUGCGAAGGCCUUUUAUGGGGCAUCGCCAGGCAAGGGGUCAGGUGUACCGAAUGCGGUGUCAAAUGUCACGAAAAGUGCAAAGAUUUGCUCAAUGCCGAUUGUCUACAGAGGGCUGCUGAAAAGUCGUCUAAGCAUGGCGCUGAAGACAAAGCUAACUCAAUCAUCACCGCUAUGAAAGAAAGAAUGAAGCAGCGAGAAAGGGAUAAGCCAGAAAUCUUUGAGCUGAUCAGACGCGUGUUCAGCAUGGAAGCAGAGCCCCAUACAUCACACAUGAGCACCGUGAAGCAAUCAGUCCUCGAUGGUACCUCAAAAUGGAGCGCCAAAAUCGCAAUAACAGUCAUCUGCGCUCAAGGUCUGAUCGCGAAAGACAAAAGUGGAACUUCAGACCCUUAUGUCACAGUCCAAGUCAGCAAAGUGAAGAAAAGGACGAGAACUAUGCCACAAGAAUUGAACCCAGUAUGGAACGAAAAAUUUUACUUUGAAUGUCACAAUUCCUCAGACCGUAUCAAGGUGCGUGUGUGGGACGAAGAUAACGACCUCAAAUCAAAACUCCGACAGAAACUAACGAGGGAAUCUGACGAUUUCUUAGGACAAACAAUUAUUGAGGUGCGGACAUUAUCAGGCGAAAUGGACGUGUGGUACAACCUGGAGAAGAGGACAGACAAAUCAGCAGUGUCGGGGGCCAUCAGACUGCACAUAAACGUAGAGAUCAAGGGAGAGGAGAAAGUGGCGCCAUACCAUGUGCAGCAAGCUGCGGAUGACAACGCGGAGUACUCUUUCCUUGGGAAGAGGUAUACUUGCCUUCACGAGAACCUUUUCCACUAUCUCUGCGAGGAGAAUGGAGGCGCGGUGACGUUACCAGCGGCACGGGGAGAUGACGCCUGGAAGGUCUACUUUAAUGAGAACCCUGAGGAGAUCGUCGACGAGUUCGCAAUGAGAUACGGCAUCGAAGCAAUCUAUCAAGCCAUGACGCAUUUUCACUGUUUAUCAACAAAAUACUUAUGCGCGGGGGUGCCGGCUGUCAUGUCUACCCUCUUGGCCAACAUCAAUGCAUACUACGCGCAUACCACUGCUUCGUCUGCUGUGUCGGCAUCGGACCGGUUUGCUGCUUCUAACUUUGGGAAAGAGAAAUUCGUCAAGCUUUUGGAUCAACUGCACAACUCGUUGAGGAUCGACCUUUCCAUGUACAGAAAUAAUUUCCCCGCUUCCAGCGCCGAAAAGCUCAUGGAUCUCAAAUCUACUGUCGAUUUGCUCACUAGUAUCACUUUCUUCAGGAUGAAGGUCCAAGAGCUGAGUAGUCCACCCCGAGCCAGUACUGUGGUCAAAGACUGUGUUAAAGCUUGCCUUAGAUCGACAUAUCAAUUUCUCUUCGAGAAUUGCUACGAGUUGUUCAACAGAGAAUUCCAGGUGGAUCCUAAUGAAGCGAAAAGAGACCCUUCAGACCACGGUCCGCAACUCGAUUCUGUCGACUUCUGGCACAAACUUAUAGCCCUCAUCGUAUCUGUGAUAGAAGAGGACAGGAACAGUUACGCUCCCGUUCUCAACCAAUUUCCUCAGGAAUUGAAUAUUGGACAGUUGUCUGCUGCAACCAUGUGGUCGUUAUUUGCUGUGGACAUGAAAUAUGCGCUAGAAGAACAUGAACAGCACAGGCUCUGCAAGUCUUCCGCUUACAUGAACUUACAUUUUAAGGUUAAAUGGUUACAUACAAAUUAUGUUAAAGACGUCCCUCCAUAUUGUGGUGCGGUGCCGGAAUAUCCCGCUUGGUUCGAGCCCUUCGUUAUGCAGUGGCUGAACGAAAACGACGAUGUCUCAUUGGAAUAUUUGAACGGAGCCUUCAACAGGGAUAAACGAGAUGGGUUCCAAAAAUCUAGUGAGCACGCUUUAUUCAGUAACUCUGUAGUAGAUGUGUUCACUCAAUUGACGCAAUGCUUUGACGUGGUCUCCAAACUCGAGUGUCCCGAUCCGGAGAUUUGGAAGAGGUACAUGAAGAGAUUUGCGAAGACGAUAGUCAAGGUGCUGGUGGCUUACGCUGAUAUUGUGAAAAAAGAAUUCCCUGAACAUCUAAAAGAGGAGAGAGUGGCAUGCAUCUUAAUGAAUAACAUUCAACAACUGCGAGUGCAAUUAGAGAAAAUGUUCGAAGCUAUGGGUGGCACGAAGUUAGAACGAGACGCCGCUGACAUUCUGCACGACUUACAACAAAGCCUUAACAGCACCCUUGAUGAAUUGGCUUCCAUGUUUGCUAUAAGUGUGAAGGAACUGGGUGAACUACUUCAGAAAGUAGGCGGUGGUGGAGCACCUGGUCAGCCGCAGCCUCCUGCUCACCAUGAAGCCGACGAGGUCCUACGACCGCUAAUGGAUAUCCUGAUGAUGUUGAAGAACCUUACGAACAAUGCAAAGAACUUAGCAGCGAAUGCGAAGAUUGAGGAUAUGACGCAACUGUUCAAGAGCACUGUCGGAAAGCAAGACGUCAAACAUGCACUAUCAGGCGUCAUGGAUAUCUCGAAAGAACAUUUAUCAGCAGAGAAGAGCUUGUCGCCAAAGCAAUGUGCGGUUCUCGACGCAGCGUUGGACACCAUUAAACUUUACUUCCACGCCGGAGGUAACGGACUGAAGAAGACUUUCCUUGAGAAGAGCCCAGAGCUGCAGUCGUUGAGAUACGCACUCAGUCUGUAUACGCAGACCACGGAUACAUUGAUCAGGACGUUUGUUACGAGUCAACAAAAUCAAGAUGCAGCUGUUGCAGAAGAAGGAAGCGUGGGUGAAGUAUCGUUACAAGUAGAUUUGUUCACUCAUCCAGGCACUGGUGAACAUAAAAUCACUGUCAAAGUGGUAGCCGCCAACGAUCUGAAAUGGGUGAUAGCCAGUGGCAUGUUCCGUCCAUUCAUCGAAGUGAACCUCAUCGGGCCGCACUUGGCCGACAAGAAGAGGAAGUUCGCAACGAAAUCCAAGAGCAACAACUGGAGUCCCAAGUUUAACGAGACAUUCCACUUUGCGACGGAACAAUUAGAAUUGUUCGAGCUGCAUGUGUGCGUGCGGGACUACUGUUUCGCGAGGGAAGAUAGACUCGUGGGCGUAGCCGUUAUGCGAUUGGCUGACAUCGCGGAACAGGGUUCGUGCGCGUGUUGGUUACCACUCGGCACCCGAGUGAAAAUGGACGAGACCGGGUGGACGAUACUUCGGAUACUGUCGCAGAGGCACAGCGAUGAAGUAGCCCGAGAAUUCGUCAAGCUCAAGUCUGAAAUGAGGGCGGAAGCGCCCACCGGCGGCCAGGGGCCUUCGUGA